UAAUUGCUCACAGAUUAUCUACUGAGUACAAAAAGCAGAUAUGAUCACGUUGUCGAAAAAGGAACCCAUCAAAGAUUAUUACAAAUGAAAGGUUUAUAUCAUUAUCUUAAUCAAGCUUAGGACCAGGUCAUAAUUAGAUGAUGGAACGAUUUGGAAUUGAGGUAGUCUCGAGUUUUUCAAUAUUUUAAGUAAGGAGGUCAAUUUGAUAAGAACGCGAAUAUACUAUAUGCAAGGCACCUGCCACACUUCUAAAAACGCUGAAAUUGUUCACGAUGUAAUUCGUUAUCAAGUUGCAGUUACAAUUUUAGGGUCUAGAAAAUUUUUUUAAAUCUAAUUUUCUUGCAAAUUUUGAUGAAAGAUACACGUGUUACAUACUAUACAAACUAUAUAUAAUCAAUUUAACUGACACCGUUAGAAAUUUGUCUAUUGUACAUUUAUAUACCGAUCUUUUGAAGUAAAAAAGUUCAUAUUAUUUUAGCCACAAGUUUCAUCGUGGAUUAUUCAAGUUAAGGCAAGCCUCGGACCGACUUUAAGACUGAUUUCAUAAGAGCUGGAGUGUCACGUACAUCAUCAUCCUAUAAUGUUGCGCCCCUAAGCACAUAAUAUAUUAUACGGAUAUUUAACAAUACUAUAUGUAUUUAUUUAUCACGCAUAUAAACCAAUCACAACUCACAAGCGCAAUACUCCCAACAGAAGUUAAUGACUGUUGGUAGCUAAAUGUAUAUACCUUAACAUCGAAUGUUUAGCAUAUAGAGUUGCGCAUAAUGCUUGCAUAUUUCUGGUGCGCGGUUACAUAUCAGAUUGCGAACAUUUUUUCGGUGAUUAUUAAAGUUAGAAAAAUAUUUUUUUAUUAUUAUUGCAGAGCAGUAGGAUGAACUUCGGGGGCGCGACACCCCCUGAAAUAAUCCCUUUCUGUACGCCUUCUUAUACAAUUGAUAACAUGCAGAAUUAUUUCCAUGCAUUAAUAAACAUGCAGUAGAAAGAGUUUUUUUAUUAAAAUUUUUGUAUAGUUUGACAAAUUGCAUGCAUGAAAGUUAAAACACUCCGAUGGCGAUGUUAUUUCAACCAGAUGCGAUCGCGCUAUAAAAUAUCUGUGACUGACUAUUUAACAAUUUUUUGUUAACAUAUCAAGAACCAAGUAUUAACUUUAAAUGAAAUUUGAAAAUAUGAUCGAAUCAAAGCAGUUAACAUCUAUAAAAAAUUCCUCACCUGGCUUGCUGCGUCUAUAGAGUGAUAUGAAAAUAAUUAUAUUGCAUGAGCAAACAAAGGAUUGUGUUUUAUAAGCUUUAUCAAAGUAAAUCGAUAAAAAAGUUAUUUGAAAUCUCUUUUCGUUGUUAAUUAAUUUUUUGUCUUAUUUUGUCUAGACCUUUUCUAGCUAAUACUAUAAUAUAUUAUUAUAUAUACAUAUUUCCACUAUGGCGAGCAUCAUGCAGUGAGGGUGAAAAGUGCCAAAGUGCCAAGCCCUGAAUAUUAUAUUCAGACUCGAACGAUAACAAAUAAUAGAUAUAAAAAUAUCAACAUUUUAAGAAAUUACCAUUAGAUCUUUCUCUAUUUUCUAGAUCUGUAUAAAGAUAAAGGAAAUUUUGUAGAUUGUCUGUCAUUGUUAACUUUCUGUCGCGAGAUUCAUUUAGCAAAUGUCUAUGUGUUAAUGUAUGGAUGGGAGGAUGAGCGUAUAUUUUGCUCGAUAUAUGAGUACAUGCUCCAAAUGUUCACUUUAUUUUAAGUUUAAGAUAAUAUAUAUGGAUUCAUGCAUAAUCAUAUAUAGGCAUAUAUAUAUGUUUAUACAUGCCGAUAUGUUAUAUAUAAUCAUUUUAAGUUCAUUUCAAAUAAUUGUAGAGUUUGGUGUUACUUGAGAUCGAGAUUCGUCUUCUUUUUAUUACAGAAAUUUACUGAAUUUAUAUAAUAAAUUAUGCAACAUUUAAUUUGAAUUCAUAAGUAGUGAGAUUCACACGGUGCAGCACGUGUGUGGAUCAUGUGUAUACAGCAAGUGAUUUACAAAUCGAUGCUCGGAAGAUAACUUGCAAAAGCUACGUGUGUGUAAGCUUUGUAUACGUCUGCAGCAUCAUUGUUUUUCGUAUUUUAGGACGACAUUACGAACAUUCGAUUAUUUCUAUCAUUUUAUACACAAAAUCAGGUUCCCCCGUAUUAGGAUACGUGUCAGUUCAGGUCAAUGCAGUUAUACGUCGUAUACGACGAAAUAUAUCAUUGAAUUGUCUCAAGAAUUGGAGUCAAACAUUUGUUUUCAGCUUUUGCCUAUGUUGUUGCCUUACCAUAAAUAUGCAUUAUUUAUUAUUCUUUACUCCUUGGCAUUGGUAUACCUGUUAUAUUAACUGCUCAGAUAAUUUAGGGACCAUGCCAUGUGACAAUGUAAUCACAUGCAGCAUAGGCUACUAGCUAUAUAAAAUUAUAGCCCAAUAUUUAAAGAAUAACAGCAAUUUUUUGCCCACUCCAUUUUUGCACUUUGAAUUUAAUAACAUGAACAAUGUAUCUUUGUUUUCCAUACUAAAAUAUACUAGUUGUUUUUAUUUUGCAAUCAAUUGAUAAUCGAAUCUCUGUACUCUGUACUGCAUGUAGUCUUGCAUGUUUGCCGUGGAAAUUAUGUGAAAAACCAUUGCUUGGAAAACCAACCCGUAAAAAAUUCUUUUUUUUAUGUUCUAUAAGGUUGUCAUAACUAUAAAAGAAUUCUCGAAUAUACUCAAUGCAGUACCUACGUGCAUGCAUGGAUGUUUGAUUAGAUGGGGAGUUGCGCGUAGGCGAACGUGACGGAGCACUGGGACGGUUUAAUUUAAUAUGCUUCCCCGUCUUACGUCAAUGAUGCGCAGAAAUAGAAAUCGCUUUAUAAAUACGAAGUAAGCUAGUAAAAGUUAGUCAUUUGAAACCUUUUCCUUGAACUAAACGUGCAAAUCUGUUUUAAUUUUAUCAUUGAGUGACAGCUAAUUCUGCUAGCAGCAUAGCGAAUCCAGACACAUCAUCCUUGGCCGAAUUCUAUGAAAAUGGAUCAGGACAGUGCAAAAGAGAUGAAUGGAUGCGCAUACGAUGAAUUAUAUCCAGAAGGCGAUGAACGCUUAUACUCUGGAGAAGCGGCGUUUCCUUACUGUCCAGCACUUUCCAGUUUACCAUCAAGCACGUUCAUUCCAGAAAGAAAUCACGUAUCAAAUCUGAAAGGAAGCGUCAUUGAAUCUUCCAAUGUCAACGAGACGUGUUUGAGUGGUGAAAAUUAUGUUCAUGAAAGUCAAAGUCAGUCUGAUUUUCGACUAACGAAAAGUGACUUUCGGACAGCUAAGGUUCCUGUACUUGAAGCGUCAGAAGAGAAAAAGCACAGAUUUUAUUGUCGUUUCUGUAAUAAACCAUACCAUUGGCGUUCACAUUGGAAAGCUCACGAGAGAAUACAUACUGGUGAACGACCAUUUCAGUGUGAGAUUUGUGGGAAAUGUUUUACAAGGUCUGAUGGUCUGCAAUGUCACAAACACACUCAUUUAAGUAAGAAAGAUUCGAUGAAAAGUGAAGAGUUUGCGGAGGAGAGAGUUUUGAAUACAACAAGGAAAUCAUUCAAUCAUGGCAAUUACAAACCUUUAGGAAAGGAACAGUUAUCAAAUGAGCUAAAAGAACAAAUCGCCCACAGGUUUGAUGACAAGGUAAAUUGGUCAAAAGCAAAAAAAGAAUUCAACUGCCAUAUCUGCAGGAAAAGCUUCUUCAGCUCUAGCGGAUUGCAACAUCAUUUACGCAGGCAUAGCAGAGCUAAAGAAAAUCAACUGAAGCGCGCAGAUGAACAAAAUAAAUGGAUUAUAAUCAGUCAAAUACAAGCCACGAGUAACAAGUAAUUUAAUUUCAAACAUCAAAAUCAGUAGAUCGCGAAAGAGGAGAUUAAUAUCUUUAAGCCCAUUAGUAUAGAUUGCGAAUGCUGACGGAGUUGUGUACCAAGAAAGAUAAUGGAAGGUUUUCUUAUAAAAAACAAAUGUAUAUAUAUAUAUAUAUAUAUGGAGUGUCGAAGUAUAGACAAACGUAUACACCUCUGAGAUGCUGAUCCUGACAACAAAUAGUGUAAAAGUAGAAAGGGUAUAAAAUAUUCCUCGAUAAUAAACUCAAUCAAUGGAGGGGAAAAUUAGGGUCUUUUGCAACAUCCUUAUGUAUCUUUUCCAACAUGAAAGUUGAAAAUCAACGUUGAGUUGAUCACAAACUAUAGAGUUUAAUGAUUAAUCAUAUCAAACUGCUUUAUUUCAUA